CUCAAAUUUACUUCAAUGAAGACCGGAUUCUUUUAUGGUGAUGGCUCAGAUAUGGAUUCUAAUCUUAUGUCUCUACAUAACAGGUUCUGCUCAAACUGUGGAUCUUUCUGAGGCAUCAUUUGUCUCAGCUGAGCCUGGUGAACCUGUUACUCUACACUGCAAAUUUGUGGAAAAGUUUCCUCAAAAAAAUUGGGUUUGGUACAAACAAAGAUCAGGACAGGAACCAAAGGAAGUGGCAGUGAAGUUAGGCUCUAGAGACCCCACUGAGAGUUCAUCAGACUUAAAAAUCAGAUUCAAAAUAAACAAGAAUUUUUCUCUGACUAUUCAACAAACUACUAAAGAUGAUGAAGGAAUGUACUUCUGUGGACACGGAAAGGAAACCAUUACAUUUUCUAAUGGCACAUUUUUAGCCGUGGCAGCUGAACCUCAGUUAAAUGUAUCAGUUGUCCAAACUCCAGCAUGGAGGUCAGUUUCUCCAGGAGAGUCGGUCACUCAGCAGUGCAUGGUCCACUCUAAAACCAGAGCAGCUGAACUCCGAGUGCUCUGGUUCAGAGCUGCUGCAGGACAAUCCUUUCCUGAAAUCAUUUACGCUCAUCAGAACAGCAGCAGCCGUCAGUGUGAGAUCAGCUCUUCUACACACAGCUCUGUGUACAGCUUCUCCAAGAACAACUUCAGCCACUCUGACGCUGGAACUUACUACUGCGCUGUGGCGGCUUGUGGGAAAAUCAUUGUUAGCAAUCAAGCAUCAGUUCAACUGAAGGGGCCUGUGGAUCCUGUUGUAAUCUUUCUGGGAGCAGCUUUGGGACUGUGUGUGGUUGUGAUCUCUGCUGAAACCAUUAUAAUCUUUAACAGGAGAAACAGUGACCAUGGCAGUGGAUCUCAGGCUGCCAUCCACAAUUUAGCAGAGGUGCUACAAGAGCAGGACUCCGAUGCAGAAGAGUUCGGUUUUGCACCUUUAAAUUUCUCUGACAAGAACCGACUGCUGAAGGAGAACACUUUCACCCGAACUGCUGAGAGUCUGAAUUACGCUCCCAUCCAUUUCAAAGAGAACAAACCCAAACCUGGACGAGUGAAGAGAGAACAGCCUGAAGACAUUGUUUACUCUCAAGUGAGAAGCUCUAAUGCUAAAGCUCAUCGGUCUCAUCGCUAG